CUCAUCUCGUCUGCGUCUGCGUCUGCAGGACCGACACACCCGAUCUUUCUUCUUUAAUCCCAGCCAGCCUCAACCGCGGUACGAGCAGGGCGUGCUAGCCGUGUUAGCCCCACGAGAAACGUAAAAUAUCCUGUCCCUCCCUUUACCGCGUAGUAUUCCAUAUCGCUAGCCCGGCCAUCGUCGGUGGGAGAAAAAGAAGUAUAAUUUAACAUCACCUCCCUCCCUUCUCUUACAAGUAAACACUUGUCUGUCCCUCUGCCAAGUAUCGUCUCAUUCUUCAUGUCCAUCACCAACUCUCCAGAGACCUCAGACAUCUCCAUCGAUAAACCAGCUGCUCUUCAUCUUCCCCUUCACAACUCCAACAUGGGUAAUCCAAGACUUGAGGAUACACCAGAGUUGGAGCUAAUGUCUCCUUCUCUGGAAGAAGAGCAGUUGGCUUGGAGCAAGAUUCGUGAAUACUGCUUGGACGCCUUCUCCGAAUUCUUCGGAACAAUGGUACUCAUUCUCUUCGGUGAUGGUGUCGUUGCACAGGUUGUCUUGAGUGGUGGAACCAAGGGUGACUACCAGAGUAUCUCCUGGGGAUGGGGAAUUGCCGUCAUGUUUGGUGUCUUUGUUGGUGGUAAAUCUGGUGGCCACCUCAACCCAGCCGUGACUUUUGCCAACUGUCUCUACCGCGGCCACCCGUGGCGCAAAUUGCCCGUCUACGCCCUUGCCCAGCUUCUUGGAGCCAUGGCUGGUGCCGCUAUCGUGUAUGGCAACUAUAAGUCAGCUUUCGAUGCCUUUGAGGGCGGCGCUGGUAUCCGGACGGUGACUGGCUCUACUGCCACAGCCGGCAUCUUUUGCACAUAUCCUGCCCCUUUUAUGACUCGGACGGGCAUGUUUUUCUCUGAAUUCAUCGCAAGCAGCAUCCUCAUGUUCUGCAUCUUUGCCCUGGUCGACCCUAACAAUAUCAAUGCUGCACACAUGAUGCCUCUUGCCCUAUUCUUCCUCAUCUUCGGUAUCGGCGCCUGCUUUGGUUGGGAGACGGGUUAUGCUAUGAACCUUGCUCGUGACUUUGGUCCUCGACUGGUUUCAUACAUGAUCGGAUAUGGCCACGAGGUCUGGUCUGCCGGUGGCUACUAUUUCUGGAUUCCCAUGGUGGCCCCAUUCUUCGGCACCGCCUUUGGCGGGUUCUUGUACGAUGUUUUCCUCUAUACGGGGAACAGCCCUAUCAACACUCCGAUGCUGGGUGUCACACGCCUAUUCCGGCCCCGCAAGAAUGUUUGGUCCAACACUCGCCCCUCGGCCAUUGACACGAAAGUCUAGUGGCUGCUACCAAAUACUGAACGCUUUAUGAAAACAGAACGAGAUGGUCUCGGGAAGAUUACAGGGAAAAAUACCGUGAACCGGGGUGGUAAAAGAUAUUAUCCAAUGUAUAGAAGAAAGGAGAAGGGGUAAGAAAAUAUGGCAAUGUGGCUGAUGAAGUGUUUCUUGAUUUUGGGUAUGCGUUUAAUGGAAUUCGGAGUAUGGUCAGUUGUACAAGUAUAACAAAGGGUACUUUAGCGAGCGACAGCAGCAUACACCUUGUAGUAAUAAUGAUUUAUAACCCAAGAACAUCGGGAGCGCCGUUG